CAACAAAAGCAGCAGUGGAACAGAUCACUUGAAGGGCAUCAAAUGAGUCGUGGCAGGAGUUUGCUUAUCCCACACUGGUCUUUUUGACUUAAAUUGCUGAAAGAAAAGUGCUUUGUGGUGGAGAUCACACUCUUUAGCAUGGAUGACAAGCUCAAUUCUUCAUCUAACAACCGAGAAGAUGGAAAUAACAUACUGCAGGGGAAAGACCAAGAGCAUAAGAACAGUACAGGGAGCCAGAAUUCAAAAGAACACAUGAAUUCAGUGGGUUUUAAACUGGAUCGAGAUGAGGCAAUGGUUGGGUUUGAUGAUCCUGAUGUAUCCCAAAGACAGUCUGGUUUUAUGCAAAGGCAGUUUGAGUCAAUGCUUCAGCCUGGGGUCAACAAAUUCUCCCUUCGUAUGUUUGGGAGUCAAAAGGCAGUGGAGAAGGAACAAGAAAGGGUUAAAACUGCAGGAUACUGGAUAAUUCACCCUUACAGUGACUUUAGAUUUUACUGGGACUUGAUAAUGUUAAUAAUGAUGGUUGGGAACCUUGUUAUUAUACCAGUUGGAAUCACAUUCUUCACAGAACAGACAACAACUCCAUGGAUUAUUUUUAAUGUUGCCUCAGACACUGUUUUUCUUUUCGACUUAGUCAUGAAUUUUAGAACUGGAAUUGUCAUAGAAGACAAUACAGAAAUAAUAUUGGACCCCAAAGCCAUCAAGAUGAACUAUUUAAAAAGCUGGUUUGUUGUCGAUUUCAUUUCUUCAAUACCAGUGGAUUACAUCUUUCUCAUUGUUGAAAAAGGAAUGGACUCUGAAGUUUAUAAGACUGCAAGGGCACUUCGAAUCGUGAGGUUUACAAAAAUCUUAAGUUUGCUACGUUUACUUAGGCUAUCAAGACUGAUUCGAUAUAUACAUCAAUGGGAAGAGAUCUUCCAUAUGACGUAUGAUCUGGCCAGUGCAGUGGUAAGGAUCUUUAACCUCAUUGGAAUGAUGCUUCUGCUUUGUCACUGGGAUGGCUGCCUCCAGUUCUUAGUACCGCUGCUUCAGGACUUCCCACAAGAUUGUUGGGUGUCCCUAAAUGGUAUGGUUAAUGAUUCCUGGGGAAAGCAGUACUCAUAUGCACUGUUCAAAGCCAUGAGCCACAUGCUUUGUAUAGGUUAUGGUGCACGUGCUCCUGUCACCAUGUCAGACCUCUGGAUAACCAUGCUGAGUAUGAUUGUUGGAGCUACCUGCUAUGCUAUGUUCGUAGGACAUGCAACUGCACUCAUCCAGUCCCUAGAUUCCUCGCGGCGGCAGUAUCAAGAAAAGUAUAAACAAGUGGAGCAGUAUAUGUCCUUCCAUAAACUGCCUGCUGAUCUGCGCCAGAAAAUCCAUGAUUACUAUGAACACAGGUACCAAGGCAAAAUCUUUGAUGAAGAUAGUAUUCUAAAUGAGCUGAAUGAUCCACUCAGGGAGGAAAUAGUUAACUUCAACUGUCGCAAGCUUGUUGCUACCAUGCCACUGUUUGCCAAUGCCGACCCAAGUUUUGUGACGGCCAUGCUCAGCAAGUUGAAGUUUGAAGUGUUCCAGCCAUUGGAUUACAUCGUAAGAGAGGGAACGAUUGGGAAGAAAAUGUACUUCAUUCAACAUGGUGUUGCAAGUGUCAUAACAAAGUCAACCAAGGAGAUGAAGCUCACUGAUGGAUCUUACUUUGGAGAAAUCUGCCUGCUAACAAGAGGUCGACGUACUGCCAGUGUUCGAGCUGAUACUUACUGCCGGUUGUACUCGCUGUCAGUAGAUCACUUCAAUGAAGUACUUGAAGAGUACCCAAUGAUGAGGAGAGCAUUUGAAACUGUUGCCAUUGAUAGGCUAGACAGGAUAGGCAAAAAGAACUCAAUACUUCUACAGAGAUUCCAGAAGGACCUCAACUCUGGUAUUUUCAAUAAUCAAGAAAAUGAAAUCUUGAAAAAGAUGGUAAAACAAGACAGAGAGAUGGUCCAUGUGGUUGCUACUACAAGUUUUCAGCAUUCCCCAGCAUUGAAUUAUGGGACAGCUUCUGUUGCUGUCUGCUCUUCAAAGAUCAUAAUGCAAUCUCCACCAGUUUAUUCUGUAUCCAGCCUAUCUCAUGGAAACCUGCAGUCUCAAACCCCAAGCCCUCAGACACCACAGCAAGCUGUUAUACUUUCACCAUGUUCUUAUACUACAGCUGUGUGCAGCCCACCAGUACAGAGUCCACUGACUGCACGAACUUUUCAGUAUGGUUCUCCAACAGCCUCCCAGUUAUCUCUAAUUCAGCAGCAGCAACAGCAGCAAAUGCCCAGUUCAUCUCAGAAAAGUGAGGUCCACAAAAGCACACAAGCUUUGCCUAACAGUAACUUGAGCAGGGAAGUGAGGCCUCUUUCUGCUUCUCAGCCUUCCUUACCCCAUGAUAUUUCUUCAGCAAUGACUAGACCGCAUCCCUCUGCUGGUGAGCUAGUAACAGCAGCACCACAACCUUCUUCUAGUGCUCAGGCUUCUGGCAUACAGUCUGGAAUACGAGGCACUGUUCCACAAAGAGUAUCCCUUUUUCGACAAAUGUCAUCAGGAGCAAUUCCUCCAGUCAGAGGACCACCACUGACUCAUAGGGAUUCUGCAGCAGUCUUAAGCACGGAGGCUGAGGAAAAACCACGGUUUGCUUCUAACUUAUGAUCCCCAUGGUCUCUGUACAGUGUAAAGACAAUGCUUAAGUAACUGAGGAUUCAUGCAUACAACUGUGCAUAUCUCCCACUUAAAUGCCCUUAAAAGUGUUUGUAGUGUGUUUAAUAUUACAGACACAGUAAAAGAAUGUAAAUGAAUAUCAAUAUGAUGAAUUCAAACCAAAUUUUUUUGACUUUCAGAGAUACAUGUCUUCCUUUUCUUACUUUACACUCAAAAAUCUGAUUAUUUUGGUCUUGGUUAAAUGUUUUUAAUCUCUGAUGAUAUGAACCCAUUUUUUUCUCAAAAAGGCAUUUAUAUAAUCAUUUAUAAAAGCCAGUAACUCAUUAUCACAUUAUGAUGUACACAAUAUAAAAGGGAAUGGGCUUUGAAGUCCUUUUAACUGAUCACUUAUUUAACAUAAAUCAUCAUAAUUCAUGAGUUCUUCUAUCCACAGAUGGUAAAUAGUAGCAUUGCAUUUAACCACUAAUGUGUGUUCUGUAGUUUUGCAGAUAUUUCAUGAUUUCGACUGUCGAAAUGAAAAUAAACAUGACGUGCUGCUGCUUUUUUCAGUUAGGACAAAGAUUCAGUAUGUUUCUAAAAGAAAUAUUAUUGGUUUGCUGCUUAGCUCUAAUACCAUUAAAUUAUAUCUCUUAAAAGAUGUUAUGCAAUUUAUUUUAUUUUUGUACUUACAUCAUCCUCGGACAUCAGUACAAUGCAAUAUAAUAUUCACUUAAUAAAGACAAGAUAGUGUUUGCUGUAAAUAACGUUCUUGACCUAAAAUUAGCUUUUACCUGUUGCUGUGUUGUUUAUUCUCAUCUUGGCCAUGCGUUAUUUUUUACAGAAUGCAGUUUCAUCUUUUCAUUUCAAAGCAAAAUAAGAAAUUAUUAAACCUUAAUGCAGAAUAUUUAAGCAGAUUAGUUUGCCAUAUGCCAUAACAGUAAAAUUGCUAUUUCUUGCAGAUGCUUUCUAUUUUGAAAGGUUCGGGGGGUGGGGGUUAGAAGUUAAUUUCUCCCACAGAUGAAAAGGGAAAACAUUUAUUCAUGGCCACAGCUACUUUUUUUUUUGGCAUUGUCAUAAUAAAUAACCUGGUUUCCAGUUUGCACAAAUUUAUAUAACAUAGUUCCAUCAUGCAUCCUUAAAAUUACUCAUCAGUGUGUUAAGAAGUGUUAGACUGAGAAAAACAGGCAAAUCAUGCUGUAUUAAGGUUAAAUAAUUUCUCUUGUUUCUAUAUUACUGUUUUAGGAUUGUAACUGCCAGUAUAUGCGGUUCAAAAAUUAUUGUAGUGUAAAGUCUUUCAUGGAAAAUCAAAUAUGUUACAUUUAUAAGAUAACUUAAAAGGCAGUUUAAGAUAAAGCAUGCAAUGUCAGGUAUGACCCUUAAGCUGAUAUUUGUUAAUUUUUAAAGUAAAUGUUUCUAAAAUGUAAAAAAUGACAAGGCAAAGGGGGUUAAAGCAUAAUGUGAUUUAAUGUGUUAGUUGCUGUUUGUAUGUAUGGUUGACUUUAUUUCUUUAUUUGUCCUCUACAUGGAAUUGCCAGUUGCUUUCUUCAAGAAGAAAACUUUGAACAAUCAUUUGUGCUUAAAUUGUAGUCAUAUUCAUAUUUUAAUAAGAAUACAUUUUAAGCAUUGAUAUAAUUCUUGAUAAAAAUACCAGAAAGUUCCGGGAAAGUGAGAAAUGACAACAGAUCAGUAUUGUAGCUACAUUUAAACUUCAGCUGUUUUUUACCAGGAACUGUAAUAAAUGACAAUGCUCAACCUUAAUUCUUCCAAAUGAAGGACACCACAAUUCCAGUUUUAUAACCAAGGUGCUGGAUUUCAAAAUAAUUUAUGCUUGUCUUAAGAUGGCUCUCUCAGCAUAUGAUCAGAAGAAAUAUGGUAGUAAUAUUAACAAAAGUCUUGCUGAAUCCUUACAUGGAAUAAAAAAAACAAAAAUAAAUAAAGGUACUAGCUCUCAUAGAUGGUCCACAUCCCUAAUACUAAUGGCAAAAUAAUGGGUGUAUACUUUGGUCUAUAGAGCAGCUAUCAUUUGGUGUAACCAUUAUUAGAAUAUUUGUACCAUGACUCAGUUUCCAUUAGGAAAAAAGCCCCUCCGUCCGUCAAACCUCAUACCACACCACUAGAAUCCAAUUGUUCUCUCAACAUGUGAUGCUGGUAUAGAAUAUAUAACACAUUUAAAAUUCAACAUGAAUGUGUGUGGGUUAGUUUUCUUUAUUGUGCUGUAUCAGUAUACAACAGCAUACUUUUGACUUAAUGACAUGAAGUAGCUGAGUGCAUAUGUCCCCAUGUCAGACUGCUCUGCCAGUGUUUGAAAUAUUUAUUUAUUUAUUUUCAUAUUUUAGUUGUAUAUCCAUCCAUUCUGUUCCCCUGCAAUAUAUGUUCUUAAUGCCACAGUUCUCCUUCAAGAAAUAUUAUGUUCGGGCUAGCAUUCUCUGUUUUAUCCCUCAUCCUGGUCCCUCCCCUGUGCCUUUAUCUUAUGUUGAGUCCUCAUCUGUAUAUACAUAAAUAUCUUCCACAAGUUAUUUGGAGUCGAAUGUCCUCUAAAAACCCAUGUCGUUAUUGUGUAUGCUGUUCCAACAUACCCUUCAUAUGCUUCCUUUAGAGGCUGUCAUUUCAUGGCUGCUUUGCAGUCACAAAUCUUUGUAGUAAUGUGGCAUGCAUAAGUAAUGUGAUUGCAUGCUGUGCAAGUGCAUUAUUUUGCUAAGGCACAAAUACAUACUUUGGGACUGUGUGUAUCUUUAAUGGGAACUGCUGGGUGUUGUGCCUUAGGCCAUUUUGGCAAACAUACUGGCAUAGGACACUUGCAGAGAUGAAACUGUUCCCACAGAUUUAACUUUAUUCAUAAGCCUGGAACACCCCUAUAGUCUGAGAUGUGAAGCUUUCUUUGUGGCACUCCCCCACUGUGCACAGAACUUCUAGGGUGUGUCCUUAAGUUCAGGUUUUAUGUUACACAUACUGCUUUUCCAUUACUAUAAGUUCUGGGCAGUGACAUCACACAUUUAAGUAAAAUUAUUUCCUGUGAUUCCCAUGACACUCUUCAAAUCGAAAACAGGAUCCCAUUAAGGUGCCUUUGCUCAAUGACAGAAAUUCCAACAGCAAAAUGCCCAACCUUGAGGUUCUCCUGCAUUUGGAACACAUUCAUGUCUGCAUAAAUAGUGAACCUUAGUUUAAAUGUUCAGAAAGUACUUCCUCCAUUCCUGGGUACUGCAUCUACUAUUAUUUAAGACUUACUGACAACUGUGGUGGCAUCUCCAUAUGUAUUAGGUACUGUAUCACCUCUAGCCAGAUUCCUAAAAGACCCCAAAAGAGUUCAAAAUCUCACUAAACAGGGCCAACUAUCAGUUUAUAGCUUGUUAUAGGACACCCUGUAUAAUACCUCUCAACUGUUAAGAUUUUUGCAGAAUAUCCAGAUUCUUGCCUGAUG